UCAAGUAAAUAAUAAACUAAAUUUAACGUGACAAUUUUUAAGUUGAUGUCAACAUUUACAAUAGUUGAAAUAAAAUCAUUUCAUUUUCUCUAAGAUCUUGGAUAGGCGAAAAUAUUUAAAUUCAGUUGCCGACUACUUUUCACAUUAAUCCAUGAAAAUUAAAAUUAUUCAUGCUUAGCAAGAGCUAAAAUAUCUUCAAUUGUAACUUAACAUCAUUAAAUAGUUUGAUUUCCAGAGAUGUUACCUGCAAAGGCGGUUUUCUUUUCUGUUUUUAUAUUUUGUUUACAAAAGCUUGCUGUUGAAAGCUCAAAAAUUGAUAGCUCAAAAUAUUCAAGAAUUCAAACAAGAGGAAGUUGUCAGGAGGAUGUUGAAUCAAAACCAAUAAUUUUGCCACAUAUUGAAUCAAGUGUUAAACCGGGAAAUGAGAAUCAAAUACUCAUUUUCCCGUCUUCUUAUCCUUACUUCACUGUUCGUUGUCCAAAGCAUGAAACUAACGACGAUGAUGAUAUAAAAAAUUUGAUAAUGAUCAUAGAAUCAGUGAAAGUAAACAUUAAUCAAUUAUCCGGGAAGAUCGAAAUUCUUUCUGAGCUUUUGAUGAAACCUCCUUAUUGUAUGAAUAAGCCACCGACUAAAACAUCAAUCGAACCUUCAACAAAGCCAAUAACUAAACAACCAACUAAGCUUUCAACUAGAAAACCAACCAAACCAAUGAAACUUCCAACAAGACGGCCGAUCCAACUUCCAACUAGACGACCGACUAAACUUCCAACUAGACAGCCAAUCAAACUUCCAACUAGACGGCCGACCAAACUUCCAACUAGGCAGCCAACUAGACCUCAAAUUAAACCCACAAGUAAACCAAAAACUAAAUCCACAACUAAAGCUUUGCCAAAACAACCGACUAAGCCUCUUAUUCCAAUAGAUCCAAAUAAAUCUGAAGAUUGCGUAAAGGUAAAAUGUAAAGGAAGGUAUUGUCCUGCUGAAACAGUGAAGUGUAAAUAUACUGAGCAAGCUUUGGAACCUGGUAACUAUUCCAUUCGUAGAACUUACGUUUGUUAUAAUAAAAAUGAGAUAGUUUUAAAAAAUAUAACAAGCAUUGCUAAGAAUUAUAAAGAAGGUCAAAGUUUUAAAUUUACUGAAACGUUUGGUGGAAAAGAUUUGAAAAGAGUGAAGAAAAAAUGUAAACAAUAUGAUGUGAGCGGUGAGACUUUAAUCUUGCGCAAGUUUCAUGAAGAAAAUAAAAACAAUUCCAUUACUCUCUAG